GCUGCAAGGUCCCAGUCGUGAACAUUUGCGCCUGCGCGUCGCGGGCGGGGCCUCUGGGGCGGAGCGGCCACCAUCUUGGAACGGGAGGCGGAGCGGAGCCGACUGGGAGCGACCGAGCGGGCCUCCGCCGCCGCCAUGAACCCCGAAUAUGACUACCUGUUUAAGCUGCUUUUGAUCGGUGACUCGGGUGUGGGCAAGUCAUGCCUGCUCCUGCGGUUUGCUGAUGACACAUACACAGAGAGCUACAUCAGCACCAUCGGAGUGGACUUCAAGAUUCGAACCAUCGAGCUAGAUGGCAAAACCAUCAAACUUCAGAUCUGGGACACAGCUGGUCAGGAGCGGUUCCGGACCAUCACUUCCAGCUACUACCGGGGGGCUCACGGCAUCAUUGUGGUGUAUGAUGUCACUGACCAGGAAUCCUACGCUAAUGUGAAGCAGUGGCUACAAGAGAUCGACCGCUAUGCCAGUGAGAACGUCAACAAGCUCCUGGUAGGCAACAAGAGCGACCUCACCACCAAGAAGGUGGUGGAUAACACCACAGCCAAGGAGUUUGCAGACUCUCUGGGCAUCCCCUUCCUGGAGACAAGUGCCAAGAACGCUACCAAUGUCGAGCAGGCAUUCAUGACCAUGGCUGCUGAGAUCAAAAAGCGGAUGGGGCCUGGGGCAGCUUCAGGGGGUGAGCGGCCCAACCUCAAGAUUGACAGCACCCCCGUGAAGCCAGCUGGUGGCGGCUGUUGCUAGGAGGGGCCCAUAGGAUGGUACUGGAGGGGGCACCUUCUCCAGAUGAUGCCCCUGGAGGGGGCAGGAGGUGCCUCCCUCUCCUGGGGCAUUUGAGUCUGUGGCUUUGGGGUGUACUGGGCUCCCCAUCUCCCUCUGGCCCAUCUGCCUUCUGCCCUGAGCCCCUGCUCUGUCAGGGCCCCAACGGGAGGACACCCAGGACCUGUGGCUGGGGCAGGGAUAAGGCCUUGCUCUGCUGCUGCCUCUAGGUAACUUUAAAAGCUACCCCACCACACACUUUUCUUUGGGAUGAGGGCUCCUCUGUCUCCCUUCCCCCCGCCCCCAUGAAUGCUGCAGUGGGUUUCCCUCCUUACUCUAGUCCUUCGUUCCCUGGUCUCCCCUUCCCCAAGAGCUGAGGGCCUCCCUGGCCUCUACUGCCCUUGGCUGUAGUCAGUGCAUGGGGCUAGGAGUGGGACCAGGGAUCUAGGACCUCAGGACAGGCAUGGGGGCUACAGGGGCCCAGCAGCCCACCCUGUUUUCUCUUUGCUGCCUUCCCUCAUCCCCUCCCACACUCACAGCUUGAGCCGUCCAGCUGCGAUAGGGUCUGAGCACAUCUAGGGCAGGUAGGCGGGCAGCCGUGCUGGGCCUGUGUCUUGAGCCCAGAGGGAGUCUGCUCCUGCCGCCCCCUGCCCUGCCGGAGCCAGGCCUGUGUGCUGCCUGCCCACCGUGCCCCUUUGUCCCCCAAGGCAGGCGGAGGUGGAAGGCCCACCGUGCCAGGGGCCUGGCACCAGCCUUAACCCUCACUCCGCCAGCACCUUGUCCCUGUCCCCAAGGCCACACAUCCGGCUCAUUGUCCCGUCAGUUCCUUGGAGCCCUGGAGGGCAGACCCUCAUCCCCUGUUGCUACUCUGGGGAAUGUGGGUACAACCCUGGGCUGGGGGCAUCUCUGCGAUCACCCCAUCCCACCCAGGGUCUUAUCCCCCCUGCCCUCUGGCACAGCUUCUUCCUGCAGAAAAACAAAUCUUUGGUCCCUACCUGAGAAGCCAUGUCCUUUGUGUUGUCUCUUCCCUGUCCCACCUGUGCCCUGCCCUCCAGCUUGUAUUUAAGUUCCUGGGGUGCCCCCCACUCCCAGGUUCCCCUCUGGUGUCAUGUCAGGCAUUUUGCAAGGAAAAGCCACUUGGGGAAAGAUAGAAAGGACAAGAAAAUAAAUUUCCACUGGCCCUCCUGUGAGCUGAGGGUUUUUGCAAGGAA